AUGAUCGUGAAGGACACACAUAUUUUAGGACACGAAUCCGCCGGUGUUAUUCUAGCAGUUCAUCCAUCAGUGGGCAGCCUGAAGGUCGGAGACCACGUAGCAUUCGAGCCCAACGUUACCUGUGGAGAGUGCGAGCCCUGCCUGACUGGAAGAUACAACGGUUGCGAGAAGGUCGAGUUUCUAUCCACGCCACCAGUAACUGGCCUCCUCCGAAGAUAUGUCAACCACCCAGCAAAAUGGUGCCACAAGAUUGGAGAUAUGUCAUAUGAAGACGGCGCACUUCCGGAGCCGCUGAGCGUAGCUCUGGCUUGUAUGGCGCGUGCUGGUGUUCAGCUCGGCGACCCAGUCCAGAUCUGUGGUGCUGGGCCAAUCGGUUUGAUCACGCUGCUGUGCGCCAGAGCUGCUGAGCAGAACCAAUUGUUAUCACGGAUAUCGAUGAGAGCCGACUGA